AUGGCUGAGGUGUAUAGGGUUCAAGGAGAAUUUGAUAAAGCAAUAGCUGAACAUAAAAGAGCUAUAAGCGCUAGAGAGCUAGAAUUUGGUAGCAACGACCCAGGAAUUGGUGUAUUCUAUUAUGCACUUGCAGAUGUUUAUAAAGAAUUAAAAGAGUGGGAUAAAGCUUCUGAGCUUUAUGAAAAAGGGUUGCAGAGCUAUUUGCGCACAGUUGGAGAAAAAGAUACUAUGGUUGCGGUAGGAUAUGUUUCUUUUGGUGAUCUUUAUAAUUCAAAAGGGGAUAAAGAAGCUGCUAUUGAUUGUUAUAAAAAAGAAGAACAAGUUUUGAUAGAAAUACCAGGUAUGGAAGCAAGGGUAACUCAAUUAAGAUCUAAAAUUGAGUCAAUAAGAGGAGACAGUAAUGAAUAA